UUGUUUCCUUCGUAGGUAUCUAUCGUUUACGAUUACGAGCAUAAAUGCAUCUACCUCUCAUUUGUUAUGCUAAUAUUUAAUUAAUAAUUCAUUUAACAAUAUGGCUUUCUUGCAGUGGAGACGAUUCAAUUUCUUUGAAAAAGAAAUCGUGAAAGAUAGUGACUCUAACCAGGUACAAGAGAAAUUAAAAGAUAUAAAUGUCACUUGCACUACAAGUGGGAGGGGGCAAAUUUUGCUCGGUGAUGUUGAAGGAAACAUUUAUUUUCUUAACAAACAGUUUCAGUUAUUGUCAUUUAAAGCUUAUGAAUUGAAUGUCAGCCAUAUAGAGCAACUGCGAUUAAAUCCUAUUUUGAUUACAGUAGGUGCAGACGAACCUGGUAUCAGUCCUUUAAUCAAAGUGUGGAAUGUUGAAAAAUAUGACCAAGCUGGAAAACCAUUAUGCGUGAGAAUCAUAAGGCCUCAAGGUAUAACAUCUCCUGUUACAGUAAUUGCUGCUCAUGAGAAUAUGAAUUUUCUUGCAAUUGGUUUUGCUGAUAGUAGUGUAUUAUUUGCAAGAGGAGACAUUACUCGAGAAAGACAGAGCAAGCAAAAGUUGUUCAAAGUGAGUAAUAGCCCUUUAAAUGGUCUCGCAUUCAGAAGUCAAGGAAAGCAGAUUUAUCUAUUUGCAUCUACAACCCAUGAAAUAUAUUGUUUCAAUCUUUCUGUGAAAGACAAGGAGACUAAGACACUUCUUGAUGACUUUGGCUGCCCUCCUAAAUGUUCUGUUUUAAGUGAUAUAAAACAAGAUCAUCAAUUUGUCAUUGGAUGUCAUGAUGCUGUUUAUUUUUAUCAACAUGAUGGACGCGGUCCGUGUCUUGCUUUUGAAGGGGAAAAAAUUUUGUUGCACUGGUUUAGAAGUUAUCUUGUGGUAGUAGGUAAAGAUACUAAAGCAGUUCACUCAUCAGCCAUGACAUCACCUGUUGAAAUGAAUAUUGUCACUGUAUACGAUAUACAAAAUAAAUUUAUUGCCUAUUCUUCUCCAUUACCUGCAGUGAUAGAUGUUAUAUCUGAGUGGGGAUCAUUAUAUGUUUUGUCACAAGAUGGAAAACUUUAUAAUUUGCAAGAAAAAGAUACUCAAAGUAAACUUGAUAUGCUGUUUAAAAAGAAUCAAUAUGCCCUGGCUAUAAGCUUGGCAAAAAGUCAGCAAUAUGAUGAAGAUGGUUUAAUUGAUAUAUUUAGACAAUAUGGAGAUCAUCUAUAUGCUAAAGGAGAUCAUGAUGGUGCUAUUACACAGUAUAUUAAAACUAUUGGCAAGUUAGAAGCAUCAUAUGUUAUUAGAAAAUUUCUUGAUGCUCAGAGGAUUCAUAACCUAACAGCUUACCUCCAAGCAUUGCAUAAAAAAGAUUUAGCUACUGAAGAUCACACAACUUUAUUGCUUAAUUGCUAUACUAAACUGAAAGAUAAAUCUAAACUAGAUGAAUUCAUCAUGACAAAAGAUCGAGAAAUACAUUUUGAUGUAGAAACUGCUAUGAAAGUAUGUCGACAAGCUGGUUAUUACAGCCAUGCUUUAUAUUUGGCUGAACAACAUAAUCAACAUGAUUGGUACUUGAAAAUUCUUCUUGAGGACCUUAAAGACUAUGAUAAAGCAUUAAAGUAUAUAUCUAAAUUAGAUUUUGAGGCAGCAGAAGGAAAUAUGAAAACUUAUGGAAAAGUGCUUAUGGCUGAGGUUCCAGAACAAACUACCCAGCUCUUAAAGCGAUUAUGCACUGAUUACAAUGCAAAUCAAAUGUCUGAGAAACCUCUGUCCACAAAUCCUGAGGAAUUUAUACAUAUUUUUGUAAACAAUACUGAUCGAUUGCUUGAAUUUUUAGAGCACAUGAUUAAAAUUCGUCCAACAUCAUCUAGUCUUGUUUACAAUACAUAUUUAGAAUUAUGCUUAAAGGCUUAUAGCAAAGAAAUGGAUUCAGCUAUUAAAAAGAAAAGCGAGUUAAAAAUAAUGGAUAUGCUUCGAAAUUCGGAUGCCAGUUAUAGUAUAAACCAGGCUCUUGUUUUAUGUCAGAUGAGUGAUUUUAAACCAGGUAUUUUGCAUUUGUAUGAGAAAGCAAAAUUAUAUCAACAAAUUCUAUUUUAUCAUAUUGAAAAUAGGGAUUUUGAUGCUAUUAUGAGAACCUGUGAAAGAUUCGGAAGUUAUGACCCUAAUUUAUGGGUUCAAGCUCUGUGGUUUUUCUGCCAACAAGAAAAGAAUCAGAAGCCUUAUGUUAUUACAAUUUUGAAUGAAGUUGAAAGAAAUAAUCUUUUAUCGCCCAUUUUAGUAGUUGAUAUAAUGUCAAAGAGUCACACUGCAACUUUAGAUUUAAUUAAAGAUUAUAUUAUCCGUUACUUGCAAAAAGAAAAUGAAAAAAUUGCUGAAGAUGAACGCUUGAUUAAACAAUACAGGGAAGAGACUGAAAAAAUGAGAAAUCAGAUGGAAGAAUUGAGGAAUAAUCCCAAAAUAUUCCAAGUCUCAAAAUGCAGUGGCUGUACUCACCAGCUUGAGUUACCUUCAGUGCAUUUUCUCUGUGGUCAUUCAUAUCAUCAGCAGUGUUUUGAGAGUUACAGUGCAGAACACGAUUCAGAAUGUCCACUUUGCUUAUCAGAAAAUCAAAAAGUCUUGGGAAUCAUAAGAGCCCAGGAACAGAACAAAGAUCUUCACGAGCAGUUCCAUCAUCAGUUAGAAAGAGCCGAUGAUGGUUUCUCAGUUGUGGCCGAUUACUUCGGAAGAGGUGUAUUUAACAAAGUGACUAUAGUAACAGAUUCUACUCGUCCUACCAUUCGCAAUGUUGAUAGCCUUAAUCCUUUUGAAACUGAUAUGUAAACUGGUAAACUCGAAUGAUCGUAUGAAAUGAUGAAUAUGAAACAUAUAAAUCUGUAUUUGAAUCGUAUAUGUCUAUGCGAUUUUUGGUUAAAAUAGACAUUUUUAGUAAUUAUCUCUUUUUAAAUAUUUGUGUUGACGAGGUAAAACAUAUUCUUGUAAUUGUUUGGUGUUAAAAAUUUUGAAAUCUGUAAAUAAUUUUUUUUUGAAAUGAACAUUCCUUUAAAAUAUCAGUAUUUUGUAGUUCUUUAGAAUAUAUGUAUAGAUAAUAAUUUUCAUGAAUAUAUUUUUGUUGAAUUAAAAAUUUCUUUGGAUAUUUGUAUAAUUUGAAAAAUAUAUUUAAAACAUCAGAAUAUUUUAAUUGCAAUAUCCUGAAAAGAUUACCAUAUAAUUUUCUUUUGGUAGUUUUUUUUUUCUUUCUAAAUUUUAGAAAAAUCUUACAAUAAAAAAUAUUUGUAUGCGUGUUACUUCAUAAAUCAGUAUUCGUUUUGAUUCUAUUUAUAUAAUUAUAGAUAUUUAUGCAAUUAUUUAAUUUUUAGCAUUAUAUAAAAUGAUUGUGAAAGGAAUAAGAGUAAUUGAGCAGAAGUAUAUCAUUAUUUCAUUUCUUAUAAAAAAAUUAAUUAAUUAACUAAAGUAAAACAUUUUGUAUAGAAUUUUCAGACAAACUGAUUUCA